GAGCGCGGGGAGAGGGGAAGAGGGUCAGGUGGGGGCGGGAGCGGGACACGACGGCUAGGCCAGGCCUGCGGGGGCGAGGGGGAGGCGGCGGGACACAGGAAACCGUUGUGGGGCCCCGGGGCCACGUGUCCUUCCAUCCAGGAAGCUUGUGGUGCAACCGCAGUGUGCCUGAAAGCGCCCCGGUUGUGGUGCCCUCCCAGAGGCACUGCCUCAGCUCCCGGCGUGCCCGCCGCCCCACCCCAUCUCGCCGCCCUGGGACUCCUCCGUGGCCUUUGCCCAGUUCCUCGGAGCCAGCGCCCCUGCCCCUGCCCCGCAGAUAGCCACCGGCCACAAAUACAGGUCUCCUCGAUGACGUUACCACCCCCGCCCACCUGCGGCCAGGUGCCCUUCAGAGUGUGGCCUCCAGCGGAGCGGCGGUAGAACCUGCACAGCUGCUGCUUUCCAGCGUGUCGCCCUUUCCCUCAGCCCCGCAACAGUGAAAUGGACAUAAUUCCCCCGUCCAGGAUUAUGGGGAUUAAAUUAGAAGUCAACUGCUAAUUUAAAGCAGCAGCUUCUUUUCUUUCUUAGCAGAGCCCUGGGGUUGGAAGGAGAGCAGUUAGAAAUUCAUUCAUUUAUUCAUUCCUUCGGCAAAUAUUUGUGUGGCUUACCACUAGCCAGUCCUAUGGCUGAGCAGCCAUGACCCUUAGAUACUUUGCCUAGAGGUCCUACCGUCUGAGGAGCAAAGAGUGGAUUAGAAAGUGAGCAGGGGCCAUUCCCAGACAGCCUGCCCUUUCCAACAUUGGCACACCAAGGAGGCCAAGUGAGCCCCUCUCUUAGCCCAAGCCCCAGAGCUGGGAAGACCUUAGGGAGUGAGGUCAGUGCGCCCAUCUUUGAACUGCAGUGACCUCUACGAGUGUUCUGUUCUUCAUCCUGUUGCCAUUCCUCCUGCCACACCCUGCCCCUUCUCCUUUUGCAGUGUCCUCUCUAGACACAGAUCUCCAAUAUCUGGCCAUUCCAGCUGCACCAUCAGGGAGAGGUCAGAAACCACAGUUUGGGGCAGAGGCCUGGGACCAUGCAGUGGUGGGAGCAGAAGGCAGGAUGAGGCUAACAUUCUCUCUUCUCUGGAGAGCACUGGCCUGGUCUGUCCUGGUCUUCCCAGACCCUGGGACAUCUGUGUGAAUGGAAGGGGUCUGCCCCCUGCAGCCCAGAGGAGACAUUCCAGUUGUUCCCACCCACCCCUGCCCCAACACCAGGCACUUCCUGAUUGUGCCUGAAGGAGCUUCCUGAUACUGAGGAACUGUAAGAACUGAGGCCUAAUACUUUUCUGGCCAGGAGCGUGUGUCCUGUUCAUCUUCCAUACCAUCCUCCACCUGCCUGGGGAUUCUCCCCCUUCCUCUUUGCCUUUCUGGCCCCAGGACAGUUGCGUAUUAGGAGGGUGUGUGUGUGUGUGUGUGUGUGUGUGUGUGUGUGUGUGUAUCCUGGUGACAAGGAGUGAUGUGGUGGUGGUCCUGGCUUGAGAGCACCUGAGCUGGAAGGGAUGGGCCAGCUUCCCAGAUGAAGGUUCCAGAAGGUCCCCUCACCUAUAUUCUGGACAGAUCUGGGACUUCAGUCAGGUGUCUGUGGGAGAGGCUUUCUGGUGGAGGAACAAGUGUAACCAGAUUCCUGACUUCCCUAGAAAAGGCGACUCCCUCUUCAACUAAAACUCAGGAUAAUAAUUCCUUUCUAGGGCACUGGAGAUUAAAUGAGAUACCUUAUAUGAAACAUGAGUUUGAUGGAGGUUAGUUUUCUCUUAUGCUUUUCUCUCCUGUGGAUAACCCCUUUUGAAAGAGGGGAGAAAACAGUCUUUUGCUGCAUUUCUUGGGCCUCAUCCCAAAAGUCUGAUUACUUUCUUUUGUCAAUGAUUUCUUAAUUUUGCUAUUCUCUUGGCUUUCCUGAUAAAGCAGAAGAAAAUGAUCUGAAAAUGCAGCCCAAAGGAUUUAGGGAAAGGCAUAAUUUCGUUAGAAUCUGGAAAUGUCAGUGACAAGAUUCUGUUUCUCAAUGUCCUUUGAAAACCUCUGUGGGAUAUUUGAUGUCAAAUGCAUCCAGAAGGCAGGAGCAUGGAUGUGGAGCUUUCCUAAUCCCCAUUCCCAACAAAUCCUGCCAAUUUUAAUAGCCUUUGAAUUACUUUAUGCCUCAGUGUCCCCAUCUGUAUCAGGAAGAUGCUUGUUCCUUAGACAGGUGGUAAGGUUUGUGCAACAAGUCUGUGUAGCUUGGAAGUAAGGUGUGGUGCCAGCUCCAAGUGUUCUGGUUUGCUCUUCUCACCCAUUACAGCAUUUGAACACCUUUCUUUACUGUAAAUGAGUUUGGCCAUCCAUGAGUCCUGGCUUUUACUAGUCCCACAGAAGCCAGGUCUAGAGCUUUUAGAGGCAAAGCAGCUGUUUUCCCUAUCCUAGCACCCCACUCUCUUCCAGAAGGCUGCUUAUUCUUAGUAGGAGUGGCAAACACUGGCGCCAACCCCUUUUGCCCCCUGCUUUCCCUUUGGGGCAGCUUCCUGGCAAAAACUUUCUCUGCAUUUACUCAUUCAGGGGUUUCUGUGAGAAUCCAAGGUGAUUUUUUGCUAUUCCUUCUCUCUUACCUAGUCUCCAGACACAGCAGUGGGCUAGCAGCUCUGCCUGUAGCUUGGGCAGUACGGCUGACCUGGCCUGAUCCAGAGGAAGGCUGAGCAGGCGUGGGGGUUGGGUGGAGAUCACCCGGAUGCUUUCCACUGCCACACAAUCACCCUCAGGCUGCUGGUGCAGUCAGUCCCCUAUCUUGAGCUGGGGACAGUCUCCUGAGCUAGUGCUUCCUAUUUGAGAAGAGGGACUCUGCUGGAACCCUGGAACAAGUGCCAGUGACAGAACUCUGCAUCGGGUGAAAUUCACCGUUGUAGCUAUUUCCCAAAUAUCAUGAACUCUGGGCUUAGAGAUGGGUUUUGCUCUUCACUGCACCAUCAGGAAAGGAGGCUAUUGGAUAUUGACUUCCAGAACUCUUUCUUUUGUUGUAAGAAUUAAUCUAUUUGGAUAAUUAUUAGGCCAAGUCUAUUUAUCUCAAUCAGGAGAGGACAGUGGCAUCCCGGCUGCAGAGAGUGUUUGGGCAUGUGCUCUAGGUUGGGAUGUCCUGGAAGUUCUAGAAUUCAGCAGGUGGCCCUGCUGGGGUUUUUGACUUCCAUUGAUCAAGUUGAGAAGUGAAAGGUCAACAAUCUAAGUGAUGGAGAUAUAGGAUCCCUAUCCUGAGACCAGCCAGUUUCCACUGCCCACAGUCUGACGCUAUCCACUGUUGUCCACUGUUCUAAGAUUGUAAAUAAACUCUCUGCACAAUCUGCAGCCCAGAUUCAAAAUCCUUAGCCCAGAAGUAGCCAGACCUUUCUGGCUUCUUUCAGCCAGAGGUGUUUGCUCUUGACCUUUUCUCUCGCCACACCCUGAGGCCCUUGGGAGGAGCUGAGAUCUGCACUGCAGUGCCAGGAUGCUGACUCUGUUGGUGCUGGCUGCUGCUGCCUUCCUGGGUCCCGUCACAUCCUUCUUGCUCAACUACUGGGUGCACAGGAUGGAAACUUCUCUCCCCUCUCUGGAAGAUAGCGCGUGGCUUGGCUUCACGGAGUUGUGGCUGGAGGCUGAAGCAGCCCCUUUCUCAGGCUUUCUGUCACCAGUCUGUCUGUGUUAGGGGAGAGGGGAGUGCUCUCUGUCCUGAAGGCCCAGAGAUGGAAGGACAAGUGGUAGGCCGGGUGUUCAGGCUCUUCCGACGUCGAGCAGGACCGCCCCAGGACAAUUCGGGGGAAGCUUUAAAGGAACCAGAAAGGGCCCAGGAGCACUCUUUGCCCAACUUUGCUGGGGGGCAGCACUUCUUUGAAUACCUUCUUGUGGUUUCUCUCAAAAAAAAGCGUUCACAGGAUGAUUACGAGCCUAUAAUCACCUACCAAUUUCCCAAGCGGGAGAACCUGCUUCGGGGUCAGCAGGAGGAGGAGGAGCGGCUACUCAAAGCUAUCCCCUUGUUCUGCUUCCCAGACGGGAAUGAGUGGGCAUCACUCACCGAGUAUCCCAGGGAGACCUUCUCCUUCGUUCUGACCAAUGUGGAUGGGAGCAGAAAGAUUGGAUACUGCAGGCGUCUCUUGCCUGCCGGCCCUGGCCCUCGCCUUCCCAAAGUGUACUGCAUCAUCAGCUGCAUCGGCUGCUUCGGCUUGUUCUCCAAGAUCCUGGAUGAAGUGGAGAAGAGACAUCAGAUCUCCAUGGCUGUCAUCUACCCGUUCAUGCAGGGCCUCCGAGAGGCGGCCUUCCCUGCUCCUGGGAAGACUGUCACUCUCAAGAGCUUCAUCCCCGACUCAGGCACUGAGUUCAUUUCACUGACACGGCCCCUGGACUCCCACCUAGAACAUGUGGAUUUUAGUUCUCUAUUGCACUGUCUCAGUUUUGAACAGAUACUUCAGAUCUUUGCCUCUGCUGUGCUGGAGAGAAAAAUCAUCUUCCUGGCAGAAGGUCUCAGCACCCUAUCUCAGUGCAUCCAUGCUGCUGCUGCGCUGCUCUACCCCUUCAGCUGGGCGCACACCUACAUCCCUGUUGUCCCUGAGAGCCUUCUGGCCACCGUCUGCUGCCCCACCCCCUUCAUGGUUGGAGUACAAAUGCGCUUCCAGCAGGAGGUCAUGGACAGCCCUAUGGAAGAGGUCCUGCUGGUCAAUCUUUGUGAAGGAACCUUCUUAAUGUCGGUUGGUGAUGAAAAAGACAUCCUGCCACCGAAGCUUCAGGAUGGCAUCUUAGACUCUCUCGGUCAGGGGAUCAAUGAGUUAAAGACUGCAGAACAAAUCAACGAGCAUGUUUCAGGCCCUUUUGUACAGUUCUUUGUCAAGACUGUGGGUCACUAUGCUUCCUAUAUCAAGCGGGAGGCAAAUGGGCAAGGCCACUUCCAAGAACGAUCCUUCUGUAAGGCUGUGACCUCCAAGACCAACCGCCGAUUUGUGAAGAAGUUUGUGAAGACACAGCUCUUCUCACUUUUCAUCCAGGAAGCUGAGAAAAGCAAGAAUCCUCCUGCAGGCUAUUUCCAACAGAAAAUACUUGAAUAUGAGGAACAGAAGAAACAGAAGAAGCCAAGGGAAAAAACUGUGAAAUAAGAGCUGUGGUGAACAAGAAUGACUACAGCUACACACCAUUUCUGGACUUCAGCCCCUGCCAGUGUGGCAGGAUCAGCAAAGCUAUCAGCCCCCCCAAAUCCAUAACCUCACUCUGAGUCUUGGUAUCCAGGUAUUGCUUCAAAUUGGUGUCUGACAUUUGGAUCCCUGGUAUCGAUUUCUCAGGACUUUGGAGGGCUCUGACACCAUGCUCACAGAACUGGGCUCAGAGCUGCAUUUUUUGCAGAGGUGACAGGUAGGAAACAGUAGUACAUGUGUUGUAGACACUUGGUUAGAAGCUGCUGCAACUGCCCUCUCCCAUCAUUAUAACAUCUUCAACAGAGAACAGACUUUGUGUUUGAAAGGCUCAGCCUCUCCACAUGAAGAAGUCUAUGGAUGUGUAAGGAUGAGAGUAAAGAGGAAAAUCUUAUUUUUA